GGGCAUAAAAAAAAGGUAACAAAAAGGUAACAAACUGCCCACCUGACUCGCCCCGCGGUCAUGAGUAUUGCGUCUCUUGUUCACUUGCGACCAGUUUCGUGUUGCAGGUGACGUGGCCCUUCCAGGAAAGCAAAAGUAUGGUGCCAGGUGCCAGUGUAGCGCCAGCAUGUCAAUCAAAAAGCAUGGUGCCAGUAAAAGUAUAGAGCCAGUUAAGUAAAAGUAUAGGUAAAGAAAAGUAGAACAACAACAACAACAACAACAACAACAACAACAACAACAACAAGAAAAAGAAGAAAAAGAAGAAGAAGACGAAGAAAAAGAAAAAGAAGUAGGAUAAAAAGAAGAAUAAAAAGAAGAAAAGGAAGAAGAGGAGGAGGAGGAGGAGAACAAACACCACAUGACUGCAGUAUCCUAAACAGCUCUGAUAGCCCUAAAAACAAACAUACACAUGCCCAUAAAGACACAAACAAACAAAGAAACAAAACAAAAACGUUCACCUUCGACUGGGCGGACCAAGAUGAUAAUUUCAGCGAUCAGAGAACACCCCGCCUUCCACUUCCUCGCCAGUCGCCGGGUUAACUGUUAGGGCCAGUUCGACAGCCCAACACAGAGCCAUUGUAAGCGCCCAAACCAAACUAUAUUCUCCUCAAUGAUCCGUUAAUUCCACUCAAAACCAGGUACUAAUAAAGAGAUUUCCUGAUGUGUGGUUUCCUAAAAUUUCCUCCUUUCUGUAUCAACGCCAAUCAAGGAAUUUUCGUCGUAUUUUGUGUUUAGUUGGGGAGCUCACAAACUUCCUGUAUUGGACUGUAAAACUGGCCCUUAGUCACUACCGGAACGUUGCUAUUCUCCGCUGUGUUGUCGGUAUCACGGGGACCACUGACCUAUAUACAGACUGACCCCUGGAUCAUUAUGGCCUGGCGUUCGAUAUGAUUCUCUCUCUCUCUCUCUCUCUCUCUCUCUCUCUCUCUCUCUCUCUCUCUCUCUCUCUCUAAGUUCCAUUAUUUCUCUGCUUUUUGUCAAUUCUUUACACUCCUUUGUUUUUUCUCUCCUUUACCGUGAACUUCCUUCUUCAAUAAAUUCCUUCUCCUGCGCCACUGUAACAAUUAUUAUUUUUUUUUUCUGAGUUGAUUCUCUUUCUUAGUUUCUUUCUCCUCUUUGUUUUUUUCCGCGCCAGUUCCUUCCUCUCAUCCCUUCACUCAUUCUUGGUUUUUAUCUCCGUUCCUUCAAACAAUUUAUUCUCAUUCUUUAUUUCUUGCUCCGUUUAUUUCGGCGCCAGGUCAUUCCCUUCACCGCCAUUCUUCGUUUCUUUCCCGGUUUCUUUCUGCGCCAGUUCCUUCCUUUUAUCGGUUCACCUGCGUUCUUUACUUCUUUCCCCCGCUUCUUCCUUGUAUUCCCGCGCUACACCUCCAUUCUUUGCUUCUUUCCCCCGCUUCUUCCUUGUAUUCCCGUGCUAAUGGAGCUGCGACGCCUGUCAUCUGGGUCAGCAGGCAAGAAGUGGGUCGUUGCGUGCCCAGAGCAGUGAGGUUUGACGCCAAGCUGUCAUUACGUGGGGCCAAGGACUGCCUCUGUCUCCGCUGCUUCCCUUUGCCCUUGUUCUCCUCCUCUCUCUAAACAACAGACACAGACGAGAGGAAUACCUGCUCAGCCUUAGUAUGUCUUCUUUCUUCUUUUUCUACAACACAAGCACUACACCGUCAAGAGCAUAAAGAAGAUAGGGAGAGAAUAGUCAACAUAGGUUCGAGACGUGCCCAGAUGCUCCCCGCUUGAAAGAAUAAGUCACAGGAAGGGAAAAUACGGAGAAAGUAAGUCUGAGGCCCAGAAUUUACUGGUGAGAGUGAUGAAAGAAUGAGGAAGCUUGUAGUCAAACCAUGUCACGUCCCUCUGUUUCCUCUUCCCAAGAGUAGAUACAUAAGUGCUUUAAUCCUUCCCUGCAAGCCACUCCUAUGGCAAACGGAUUGAUUGAAUCACUGAACGCAGGCAGCCUAGUAAAGAGCCAACAGGCUUUCUGCUGCCUGCUAGUCCAUGUUUCCAUGUUUUCCUCCUCAUGUUUCUUAUAAACAACAACUGAAGGCAAGAAUAAAUGGAGCAUCACGCCUUCCAUUGUCCCUCCCCUCGUCUUCCUCCACUUAGAAUGUAACAAGUUAUGCACACUUGGAAUAUAUUGGGUCGCCUCCAACAGAAUACGUCUCGUCUGUCCACUCGUUCAUGUGUGUCUUUUUAAUCUAGUGAGGGAGUGCGAGCGAUCGCGUGUUGGUAUUUUCACCUUUUCUUUUUCUUUUUCACAGUUCUGACGUGUGGCCUCUUGUCCUCGGAAAUAAGAUGGAGUGUUUUGUGCUGUGUUCUUCGCUGUGGUGAAGCCUGUGUCCAGCCUCCACGGCGUGACUGAAUCGUGGCGCCGCAUCGUCCUUUCCCUGCGUCCAGACCACCGCUCGUGGCGUCCCCGGCAUGUGACAGCUGAGGGUGCCUGGUGCCUUGCUGGCGUUGACUGCGUGGACUGGCGAGAGGCACCAAGGCACCCACCCGCCCGCCGCCCGCCCAAUGAUAAGGCAGAUCAAGGCACCAGUCGUUCGUUGGCCGCGCUGGAGGUAGGGUGUCGCCGUCCCUCGCUCCGGCCCUCGCUAAGUGAAUCUGCGUGACGCGUGACCCCACCCGCCACCCACCCGCCAGGCACUGAUAAUGUCAACACUUUUCUGACACUUUCCCCGGCCCGAGGUGAAGCGCUGUGAGCAGGGCGGACACUUCUAAAAGUUUUCCCAAAGUUUGGUUCGCCGCGUGAAGUGUUCGGCGACGGCGGCAGCUCGCGGUGACGCCGAGGAAGCUGCAUGAAGCUGACACUUCGCUGCUCUUUGCUGACACUUUCCAGGACUCGAGGUGAAGCCUGUGGGCAGAAGGGACACAUCUAAAAGUUUUUUCCAAAGUUGUUGCGUCGCUCAGCCGCAUGAAGUGUGUGGCGGUGGCGGCAGCUAGCGGCGAGGCCGAGGAAGCCGCAUGAGGCGUAGACUUUGCGGUGCCCAGGACUUGGAGAGCCGCUUCCCCAGAGGAUGAAGAGUUCCCGCUGGAUGGGUCCUGAGGGAGGGGAGUGAGGACCGCGCAGAGGAAGAUUACGGGUCAGUUGCCUCAGCGGGUUAGCGAAGGACCCUGAAGGACCCUGAAGGACCCUGAAGGACAUUGAAAGAUCCUAAAAGAGUCACCGCUGGCUGGGUCCUGCGGGAGGGGAGUGAGUAGCAGUGUCAGGGGAAGGUCAUCAGUCAUUUGUCUCCCUGCGAAGGACUCUGAAGGACCCUGAAGGAAGCUGCGGAGGUCAGUGCGUCUCCCCGGCGGCGGCGUUGAGGGGGAGUCGUGACCAGCCAGCCAGCGUGUGUGCGUGCGUGUGUGUGUGUCAGGCCGCCCCAAGAAGCAUGGCGUGUGGACGGUGGCAGCGCGUGUGGGUGCUCGCCGCGACGCUCCUGGUGCAAGGGGGCGCCAGCAUCCGCAUCACUCGAGUCAAGGUCCCCCCGACGCUGGAGGUGGGCGGGGCGGGAGAGCUGGAGUGCGUUUGGGAGGAGGAACGGGAUCACGUGUACUCCCUCAAGUGGUACCAAGGGGCCCAGGAGUUCUACAGGUAUACCCCGACGGCGACCCACCCGGUGCAGAUCUUCGACCCCCCGACCCUCGAUGUGGAUGCCGAGCAGUCGUGGGAGGGCAACGUGCGGGUAGCCAACGUGAGCCUGGCCGCCGAGGGACCCUUCCACUGCGAGGUAUCCGCCGAUGCCCCGACCUUCCACACCGCCUCCGACAGCGCCAGCAUGAGGGUGGUUGAUCUCCCUGACGCGGCGCCUCUCAUCAAGGGCGUGAGGAUACAGUACCUGCCGAGUGACUGGGUGGACCUUACCUGCACCUCCGGCCGCUCCCGCCCACCCGCCGUCCUGACCUUCACGCUUAAUGGUGUGCCGGUGUCCGCCAGCUGGUUGGAGCCGCCGGAGCAGGUGAAGGACAAGGAGGGCCUCACCACCUCGUCCCUGCGCCUCAGGUUCUCGCUACAGUCCAGUCUGCUGCGGGACGGCGAGGGCCACGUCACCUGCACUGCCGAGAUUCCGGGUAUAUACAGACAGGAGGCUCACUCAGUGCUCACCACGCGCCCGCCCUACCCCGCCUCUGUCCUAGGCUCCGGCCCUACCACUAGUGUUAGGCCCACGGCGGCGUCCACCUGCUUCCUGAUGGCGGUGUCUUCCCUCCUUCAGAGUCUCCUUCAGCGCCUCUGAGUCACCAACGAGUCUGUACUGCGUCACUAAGUCGGUAGUUAAUCUUUAGGUCAUCACUGAAACCAAUCUUCCAGUUAUCGGGUUCAUCUGUCAGUCACCAGUCAUGUGUCACUUCAGUCAUCUCCAUCCUCUCAUUGAAGAGUCACCAAUCAUAUCAGUGAGUCAUGUUUUACCGUCUUCAUUCACUCGUCAUCCAUUAGUUAUAUUCAGGAGUCAUCCCACACGUCAUUCAUGUCAAGCCGGUCAUCAGUCAUCUUUUAAUCCAUCCGAAAGUCAUCUCACAUAUCGGUCAUAUCUAUAAGUCAUUAGUCACAUAUUUACGUUAGUCACACCUCAAGUCAUCCAGUCAUUCAUUUCAAUCAUCCAAUCAUCAGUUUCAAUCAUCCAGUCAUCCAGUCAUCGGCCACACGUCAUUCAUUUCAAUCAUCCAGUCAUCAGUUUCAAUCAUCCAGUCAUCCAGUCAUCGGCCACACGUCAUUCAUUUCAAUCAUCCAGUCAUCAAUUUCAAUCAUCCAGUCAUCCAGUCAUCGGCCACACGUCAUUCAUUUCAAUCAUCCAGUCAUCAGUUUCAAUCAUCCAGUCAUCCAGUCAUCGGCCACACGUCAUUCAUUUCAAUCAUCCAGUCAUCAAUUUCAAUCAUCCAGUCAUCCAGUCAUCGGCCACACGUCAUUCAUGUCAAGCCGGUCAUCAGUCAUCGUUUAAUCCAUCCGAAAGUCAUCUCACGUAUCGGUCAUAUCUUUAGGUCAUGAGUCACUUAUUUACGUUAGUCACACCUCAGUCAUCCAGUCAAGCCACAUUCAUGAGUCAACCUUACCUAGGAGUCAGUCACACGAUCCCGUCAUCCAUCUUUCAGUCAUAUUCAUAUCUCACCCACUGCACCAUUAAGCCAUCCAUCACAAUCAACCAGCACCCAUUACCCCACUCAGUCAUAAAGUUAUCCAUCACGCGACUCAUUCACCAAGUCAUCCGUCGUAUGCACCCAUCACCCAUCAGUCAUCUUAAUAACUCACUCACUCCACCAUUAAGUCAUCCAUCACGCGCUCCAGUCACCCAUUACUCCUCUCAGUCACCAAGUCAUCCGCAAUACGCACCUGUCACCCAUCACUUUUCUUCACAACUCACCCAUCGCGUCACCAAGUCAUCCGUUACACUCACCCACCAAAUCACCAUCCACACCAACACGUCACCACUCAGGUCAUCCACUUACUACAUCAGUCACGCACACGUCUGAGACAGGAUCCACCGCCCUUGCUCCCUUCACUCCCUUCCGCAAGAUGUGAAAACAAGAUAGCAAGGCACAAAGCCAAAGGGAUAAGCCAAUGAUAUACAAGGUCACACCGAGGCCACGCGCAGCUAUAUAUAUUCGCUGCUCGCUUCCACUGAACUUGUUGACUUAUUAUAGAAAUAUUUUUACCUCUGGAUAUUCGAACUGGACUUGCAUGCUUGAAAUUGGAUGAAAAAAGAAAAUAAGAAAAUGUGAAACUAAAAUGAAGAAAAUAAAAUAGGAAGAAAAAACUUUGGAUACUCGAAUUGUAUGUUUGAAGCUGCAGAAAAAAGGAGAAAAUAAGAAAAUGUGAGAAUGAAAUGAAGAAAAUAAAAUAGGAAGAAAAUACUUUGGAUAUUCUAAUUGCAUGUUUGAAGUUGCAUGAAACAAGGAGAAAAUAAGAAAAUGUGAAACAAAA